AUGUCCAUGUCCUGCUGUGGGACGUCUCUCCAUCAUUGUUCCUCUCCGAGGAGAAUCGUCCAGAGUUCAGGCAUCAGGACUUGUCUGAAUCAGCCGUGUGCCAGUUCAUCAUCUGUAGGGUUCAGGAUGCUGCAGACUGCUGUGAGUUUGGAGGGAGUGGAGGAGAGAGAUGAGGAACCAGAGGAUGAAGGUGAAGAUCUGAGGGAUGGUGGGAUUCCCUUCAUCAUUAAUCGAGGUGGUCUGCCUGUGAAUGAGGAGACGUGGGAGCAGAUGUGGAGGCACGUUGCCCGGAUCCAUCCAGAUGGAGAGGCAGUGGGGAAGAGGAUACGAGGAAUCUGUGAGCUGCCCAAAAUUCCAACACCAAGUGUGCCUACAUUCCUGCCGAAUGCCAGUAUUCCCCAGCGCCUGGAAGCCAUACAGAGAUACAUCAGGGACUUGCAAUACAAUCACACUGGAACGCAGUUUUUUGAGAUUAAGAAAACCAGGCCACUUACAGCAUUAAUGGACAUUGCCAAGGAAAUGACGAGAGAAUCUCUACCAAUCAAAUGUUUGGAAGCCGUAAUCCUCGGAAUUUACCUCACUAACAGCAUGCCGGCGGUUGAGCGGUUUCCUCUCAGCUUUAAGACGCAGUUCUCAGGGAGUCAUUUCCAUCACAUCGUGCUGGGCGUGCACAGCGGCGGGCGCUUCGGCGCUCUCGGAAUCAGCCGCCGCGAAGAACUGAUGUACAAACCGCUGGAGUAUAAAACCCUUACUGACCUCGUGCAGGAGUUCCGCGUGGCCUAUCAGGGCUACUGGCACAUGCUGAGCAAGGUGAAGAUCGGUCAUUAUGUGUCACAUGACCCUCACAGCGUGGAGCAGAUCGAGUGGAAGCAUUCUGUGCUGGACGUGGACAAACUGUCCAGAGAAGAGCUGAAGAAAGAGCUGGAGAGACACACUCGCGAUAUGAGACUAAAGAUUGGUAAAACUGCUCCUCCAUCACCCACUAAAGACAGGAGGAAGGAUGUCGGUUCUCCUCUGAGGAACCCCGGGAGCCCUAUGCGCAAGAACAAAGACAGACGGGCGUCAGUAGAGAAGAAACUGGUGCAGACCGGACCUGCUGCUGAUGUGAAUGGAUACCAGAUCAGAGUGUGAUGUGGGUGAUCAGAUUUCUGGAUGACUUUCAAAUCAAAGAUUAACUGGUCAGCCAAACUCUGAAAGAUGGACAAAAUACAGAAGACACAACAAGAAACAGACUGAAACUCAGGAGUAUUGUGUUCACCUCUAAUGAAAAGAAUCACACUUCACAGGGAAUGUGGUCACAAUGGGUUUUUAUUUAAGAAUGUUCAAUAACCGCACUAUUUAUAUUCAUUUUAAUAUUCACUUUUCACAUUUAAUAUGUAAAUACCCCAUUAUUAUCCUUAACUCUACUAGAAACUAACUAGGCUUUUGUAGAGGCUAGUUUGCAAUCCAUUUAUUGGGUGCCUUUUUAUAAACUUUGUUUUCACACACACACACACACACACACACACACACACAUGCAUGUUUACUUAUAUUAAUGGGGACAUACCAUAUUGUUUUAUAUAAAACUAAUUAUAAUAACUAGACUAAUCCAAACUCUACACCUAAAAGAAAACUUUGCAUUAUUAGAAUAAUAAUAAGAGACAAUCAUCAGGUGGAAAUUCCUAAAUCUUGGAAAUGUUUGGUUGUAAUGUGAGCAGCAGGGUAUAAAGCACUGAAAUAGGGUUAUGUUUUCAAGAAACUGUUAAAAUGGGCACCUUUAAAAAUAUUAAUGUAUGUGAUUGGUGUUGCAAUUAAAUAUAUACAGGGUUUAGUCAUUAUACAUAGUGAAUGCAGCCCUUAACCCAACAACACACAUUUGAUUCGUUGACAUUAUUUUAAAAAUAUUUUGCAUGUUGCCCUACACAUUAUUAUACAUAUUUAAUAUUUAAAGUCAACAUGAAAUCAAAAGGGACCCAAUUAAAAAAACAAACAAACAAAAAAAAAAAAUGUUCCUUUUCAUCACGUCACCAAGCCCUCUAAUUCUUCAGCCACCUGUCAUCUAGAGACACUUAACACCAUCUAAUCAAUUCAUCAUUUGUGAAAUCAAGUCCCACCCUACAUUUCUUCUCUUUGAAAAUCCUGUUUCACUGAAAUAUGUCACAUUACAGAAGCAAAAUGGGUUGCAAAAGCUGUUUCAUGUUGACUUUAAGAGUUUCCUGAUCUAGAUGUGGAAUUUGGCUAAUAGAUUUUUAGGAAUAGCAAUUUGUUUUUCUAGUUACAUCUUAAAUAUUAGAUUAUAUUUUUAUAAAGACACUAAACACUGAAAUGUAGACUGUAGGUACAUUUACAUAAUGGUUUGCAUAAAGCCAUACAUACUUGGUGUGGGACACAAUGAAGUACACAUCUGUGUACACUCUCUACACGAGUAUGAAUCACUACAAGUGCAAAUAUCCGGAGAAUCACAAAAGUGAAUGGUGCUGUUCAAUGCUCUUGUUUGUUUGUCACCUCUGUCUUUUGGCCAUGUUGUUGAUCAGUGACGUGAAGCAGAAAUCACUCUAUUCUGUUUUUUUUUUUUUUUUUUUUAUUUCUGAGAGCAAAUGUAGAGUUGAUCUGUGAUGUCACAGCAAUGUAAUGUCAUUGUUACUAUUACUAGCCACUUUUUGACACUUGAAAUAAAAUGUAUGAUUAUUGCCUUGUAUAAUUUUAUUAUUAUUUAUAUAUAUUUUUUUAUUUUCAAAUAAGAAACAUCUUGUUCCUUUCAGGAUUCACUUUUAAUGACAUUGAACUGCAUGCUGAUUGAAUCUAGAGAAUCCAGUGAAAAAAACGGGAUCUUAUGCUCAACACAUCAGGUUAUUUUGCUUCAUUCAAAAUAGAAAUUCAAAACCAAAACACAAAUGAUAUAUACAUAAAGUAUAAGGUGUAUUAUAAAUGCAUACAAUUGCAUUUUGAUAAACUUUUGUCAACCAAAAGCAAUGUAGCUUAUUUC